UUUGGACUUAGUCUAGUUUAUGUUGAAUAAACACAACUUGGGUAUCAUCAGAAACUUGUUUUCGAUUUUUAUGUCAUUCAGCUUAUGAUAUUCCAAGAAUCAGGUUUUCUCAUAGUUUGAGAGUGUUCUUCUUUUUGGUGACAGAAAUUUAGAUACUCGAGCACACGGCUUGAUUCAGAAAUAUGGGUCCAAGGUUUAAGGUUUGGGUGCUGGUCAUUUGCAUUCAAAUUUGUGUUAUAGAAGCUGUUACAAAUCCUAAUGACUUGGCAGCACUAAAUGCGCUCAAGUCUAGCUGGAAGAAGUUGCCACCAAACUGGAAAGGUGCAGAUCCUUGUAAUAGCAGUUGGGUAGGAGUUGUGUGCAAUAAGACACGUGUUACCUCCCUGAAAUUAGCAGGCAUGGGCUUGGUUGGUACCUCACUUUCAGAUGUAACAUCUCUUUCCGAGUUGGUGAAAUUGGAUCUUUCCAAUAAUAAGGGCCUAGAAGCAAAUCUUCCUCCAUCCAUUGGAAAUUUGAAGAAUCUGGAUACUCUAAUGCUAGUUGGAUGCGGUCUUUAUGGCAAAAUUCCAGAAUCAAUAGGGUCUCUGAACAAUCUAAUCUAUAUAGGUCUAAACAAAAACAGCUUUACUGGAGUAAUUCCACAUACCAUAGGCAACUUAUCGAAGCUCUCAUGGUUGGAUUUAAGUGACAACAAGCUUACUGGGAACCUUCCAGUCUCUACUGAAAUUGAAUCUGGCUUGGACUUGUUACUUAAUGCAAGGCACUUUCAUUUGUCAAAGAAUCAGUUAUCUGGAAACAUCCAGCCUCAACUUUUUAGCUCAAAGAUGCAGCUGCUGCAUUUAGUUUUGGAUCAGAACAAUUUCACUGGAGCAAUACCCAACACAAUAGGAUUGUUGCUGACCCUCAAAACAUUACGCUUGGAUAGGAAUUUUUUGACUGGUCCGGUCCCAGAAAGACUCAGCAAUCUUGGCAAUCUCACUGAGCUGCAUUUAUCCAACAAUCUUCUGGAAGGACCUUUUCCUAACCUCACUGGCAUGGUCUCCCUUAAUUAUCUGGACAUGAGCAAUAACAGUUUUGACCCCACAGACGUUCCAACAUGGUUUUCAGACCAACAGAACUUGACAACAUUGUUAGCCGAAAGAACACAACUUCAAGGAAGAAUUCCAUCCAGCCUAUUUGGCCUUCGUCGUUUAGAAUCUGUGGUGCUAAGCAACAAUAACCUGAGUGGCACAUUGGAUCUUGGCAGUGGCUACAGCAGUAACUUGACACUUACACUAAAUAACAAUUCCAUCACAGGCUUUCAACAAGAGGCUCAAUACAACCUCAACUUAACACUAGACGACAAUCCGAUAUGUAGGGGCACAGGAGCUAGAGACGACUACUGCACAAAAAUUCAAUUUGUAAUACCCUUGGAUUUCUGCUUUCCAGCGGUCUGCGUUUCAGAUAAUAUCAACAAAAUUUGUCAAAGUGUGAACAGCAAGUUGAAGCCAUAUACCGGAACCUUAAAUUUCCUUGCUGUUUCCUUCUCAAAUUUGCAAAGCCCCGUUUAUUAUGAAUCUCUCUCAGCUUCUAUUAUGUCAGCUUUUAAUAGGAGUAAUCUUCCAGUAAAUUCAGUUGUUUUUUGCACUCCGUCGUUUGAUCUGUCUUCUCACUUUCAAGUCAGAAUUCAAAUAUUUCCCUCCGGUCAAGAUUCUUUCAAUCGAACAGGAGUGAGUGAUGUUAGUAACACACUCACCCGCCAACUUUUUCUGCUUAGUCCUUUCUUUAGACCCUUCACCUUUAUUCACGAUCUAUACGAGUUUGAAGGAGAAAAGAAGUCAUCAAAUGCUGGCCUUAUUGUUGGAGCUACAAUGGGUUCGCUACUCUUGGUAUUAGUAAUCUGUGCUGGUAUAUAUAUUUUCUUUUUGAAGGGAAAAGUCAAGAACGCGAUUAAAAAUAGUAGCCCUUUUGCAUCAUGGAACCCGGAUAACAGAAGUGGUGGUGUUCCUCAGCUACAAGGUGCCAAGUGGGUCUCCUUCGAAGAGCUUAAGAAAUGUACCAACAAUUUUUCAGAUGAAAGCAUCAUUGGUUCUGGGGGAUAUGGAAAGGUAUACAGAGGAAAGUUAACCAGCGGAGAAUUAGUGGCCAUUAAAAGAGCUCAACAUGGAUCACUACAGGGUGAUCAGGAAUUCAAAACUGAGAUCGAGUUAUUAUCAAGAAUUCAUCAUAAAAAUGUUGUCAGCCUUGUUGGUUUCUGUUAUGAGCAAGGAGAACAGAUUCUCAUAUAUGAGUUUAUCUCUAAUGGUACACUGAAGCGGAAUCUUUCAGGGGAAUCAGGAAUCAGGCUGGACUGGGUGAGGAGAAUUAAAAUUACACUAGAUUCGGCCAGAGGGCUGGCAUACAUGCACGAGCUGGCCAAUCCUCCGAUCAUACACCGCGACAUUAAGUCAACCAACAUAUUGCUGGAUGAUAAAUUGAAUGCCAAGGUUGCUGACUUUGGCAUAUCGAAACCUGUCAGUGAUAUUGCAAAGGGAUAUAUUACCACGCAAGUCAAAGGGACAAUGGGGUACAUGGAUCCUGAAUAUUACAUGACCAACCAGUUAACCGAGAAAAGUGAUGUAUACAGCUUUGGAAUUGUAAUGUUGGAGUUGUUAACUGCAAGAGCUCCAAUUCAGCAUAAUAAGCAUAUUGCAGGAGAGGUCAAGGAGGCCCUCGGAAACUUUCAGAACAUUCUUGAUGUGAAGCUAGGAUUAGCCUCAUCACUCGGGGGUUUGCAAAAAUAUGUCAGCUUAGCAAUGAAGUGUGUCAAAGAGACAGGAGCCGAAAGGCCUACAAUGAGUGAGGUUGUGAGAGAAAUCGAGAACAUAAUGCAGUUAGCAACUCCGGACCCCGACCCUGAAUCCUAUUCAACUUCUUCAAUUCACAAUAGUGGUGCUGACAAGGAUCUCUACCAUCCAUAUGACGACGAUGACUUUGAUCGUAGCAGAACGUCAGUACCUUUUGAGACAGAGCUCAGGUGAUACUUUUGUCUUACAUCGCGAUCUCAGAAUCAGUUGCAUCGAGUUAUCUGUUCAUCGAUAUAUAGAUCAAACUCAUUAAAUUUUAAGUAGUGAAUGUAUAAUGAGUAGUGUAGUACCAAUGUUUAUACCAUGUACAUGAAGUUUUGUAAGUCAACUUGUGCCCUGAAACAAGCUGUUUCAACUCAUUUUGUGAUUGAUUGGUUUGGAUUUGAAUUAAUAUACAGCCUGCAAAUACUAUUCGAGCAAA